AUGCCUCCCACCGGCAAAUCCGCAGACGCCCGGCGCAAGUCGGGCGGUAAGCCCAGUCUGCUCGUGACUUUGACCGUGCCCUCGCGUCAGCUCCGAGAAAUCGUCGACCCCGACUCCAUCAAGGAAGACACGCCAUCCGUCAAGUCGCCGUCGGAGCCCAAGGACGUCAAGGAUUCGCCCGCCAACUCAGCCAGCCUCGCCGCCGCGCCGACCGCCAAUGGCGAAAACGCGAGCGAUUCGAAUGCAGCCACCCCGGCUGCCGAGGGCACUCCCGCCCCGUCCGUCAUGGGGCCUCCCACCGAGGGACCCAAGAAGAGAGGAACAAAGCGCGGUGCGGCAGGCCUCAUUGACGGUGUCCCCAAGCCAAGGGGGAAGCCGGGCCCGAAGAAGAAGCCUCGCCUGGAGGAUGGCACAAUAGAUCACUCGGCAAGCCGACCUUCUGGCGCACACAAGCUGGGCCCCAAGGCGAACCAAGGCGCAAUCAACGCCGGCCUUCGUGCACUCGACAGAAGCGGCAAGCCUUGUCGCAAGUGGGCGCGCGGCGGCUUCAAACUCAAGAGCUUCACCGGCGUCGUCUGGGACGUCCCAAGAUGGACUGCGCCUCCGAAGAAGGAUCCGGAGUCCAGCAAUGGCGAAUCCGGCGCCCCAUCUGCGGCGGACAAUAGCAGCAGCAAAGAGAACAAAGAGAACGGCCAAGAGGGCAACAGCGCCAGCAACAGCAACAGCGGCGCCGACGCCGAGAUGCGCAGUGUCCACAGCGUCAACGCAUCGUCUCCCGCGCCAAUGGCCGUCGCGGCCGCAUCGUAG